GUUAUCUAAAUUGAUUUUUCAAUUGCUGAUGUUGAUUACAAAACAGAACUGAGAAUGAUGUACUUGUGUUUCUUUAUUAGUUUCAUCUAUGGUUUCUUCCUGCCGGGGGAAAAUCCCUACAGAGUAAUUAACAUUUAGCUGUAUCUUUCAUUGUUUUUGUAUUCUUUCAUCUUCUCUUAGGUUGUGGCAAUGGCAAGUAUCUUGGGAUUAACAACCAAACUUUCAAGAUUGGUUCAGAUUGUUGCAUCAAUCUGGUUGACAUCUCGGCUAAGAGAGGCCAUGAGGCUAUGGUGUGUGAUAAUCUUCGUCUCCCGUAUCGUAGCAACUGCUUUGAUGCCGUCAUCUCCAUCGCUGUCGUCCACCAUUUUGCCACGGUCGAGAGGCGCAUCCAGGCCAUUCAGGAGCUAGCAAGAAUAUGUCGACCAGGAGGGCUGGUCAUGAUUUAUGUCUGGGCUCUAGAGCAAAAGCAGAGACAGUUUGAUGCCCAGGAUGUUUUAGUGCCUUGGCACCUCCAGCCCAAGAACACACGAACCAGGAGAAACAAAGGUAAACAGAACAGGGAGAAACAUAAACAUAACAGUAGCAGUUCAGCCAGUGAAGAUGAUGAUGAUGAUAACCAGAAAUUAGGCAAGAAACCAAACAAAGCAUUCAAUGGGAAACUGGAGAGCAAACUAUCCAAGAUGAAACUGCAUCCAGCCAUUCCAUCAGUCCAGAAUGGUGGUUUAAGAUCUAGGAAGGCUAAAACACUCCAGAGACAUACUACUGAAAGAGACUGGUUUCGGGAGAAGUUCUCAAGUCGUAGGGACCAACUGAAAUCAGAUGAAACCAGGGUGCUGCGGAAGUGCUACAGCUGUGAGGAGAGUGUGGUCCUGAGUGCUAAACCAAGGGUUGCUAAGACUAGGUGCCAGUCAGAUAGCGGCGUGAGUAGACGAUUGAUCAGCAGAAGCAGCAGUGUGGAAGAAGGAGAGAGAGGAGGGACUAUGUGGGAUGGUUUCCUUCAGGUUUAUCCCGCUUCUUUCUCUCCUACGUCCUCAUUCAAGAGUGAGGAUGACAUUACACAAGGUGAUGUAAAUAGUGUCUUUGGAGAUGAUGAUGAUGACAUUGAUGAGGACACCAAGAACCAAUGGUGUAUCAUCAAUAAAGAUGGUUCGAUGAGUACUGCAACUAGUCGAUCCUUAAAGAAAAGACAGUCCCGGUCUCACCUUUUACUAAAUGGCUCAAACAGCUGUGACAGUAUUCUACCUAAAAGCUCAAAAUCACUCAGAAAUGUUAAAAAGCGAACUUCACCACUGUUAAGCUCUCAAUCGUUGGAUGAAAGAGAUUUUGAAAGAAGCAAUUCACCCAGAACUUCCUUAGAAAAAUUUGGUGCUAAUAGGAGAAAUUUGUCUUCUUUUUCACACAACUCAGAAGGUGCAAUAGAUGUUAAAAACCUCAAAGGAAAUGACUUGAAAGCUUCUACGUGGAGCAGUGAUACCUCAGGGUUUGUAAGUAAUGGUAGCGUCAAUGGAGAAUGCUCAGAGGCCACAAAGAAGUUGCUCAAUUGGCGAAAGCAACAGUUGAAACUGAAUCUGCGUCCUGAUGAGCCCAAAGAGAGGAGCUACAGCUCAUGGAAUGGGGUCAUCACAAAAUCUUUAGAACUCCUGUAUAAGUCAGAAGGAAAGACUAAGAAAAAGUCUGUGGUUGGAUUGAACUUGGCAACAGCAAAGGGAGAGAUCUUCAAGCCUUUCAAAGGAAGGAGUCGUCUUUCACAGUCUGGAUCUGAACGAGACCUUGAAUCAUCUUUUGAUUCAGUGUCCUCUUCGGAUGAAAGUCUGACAACCUACCCAAUCAAUCCUACUAAACAAUCUCAACUGAAGAAAGAUCAGUCACCUGCAUCUGACUUGAGGACUCGAUCCCAUUCUCUUUCUAUGCUUGAGAAACUGAUGCCCAAAGAUUUUAGAUUCCCUGAAAGCCCUUUGGCAUUAUCAAGGAAACCUUCCUCCGAUAGUCUUUCCUACAACCAGGAUCGGCCAGGAGAUGAUCCUGGAUGGCAUUCCAAGAAUGGUAUCACCUCCAGAAGUGUUCUUGGUAAUCGUCAACCAGCCAGUAACCCAAACCUAAGGUCGAUUCACCAGCAAGAUACAAGCAAUCGUGAUGUAUCAUUCGGCCAGGACAAGAAGAAAGAAGACAAGACUGACCUGAAGAACCCUCCUGAUGAUGCUUCCCUUUACCUUCGAUAUUACCAUGUAUUCAAAGAGGGUGAAUUAACUGACUUGAUAGAAAGAAACAUUGAGAAUCUUCAUAUUGUGAAGAGCUACUACGACCAUGCCAAUUGGUGUGUAGUUGCAGAGAAGGUGGAGGUUUGGAGGAUAUGAUGGGAUAAGUGUGCAACAGAUUUUAUAAUAUUUUAUACAGAGAUCUUAUAUAGCCUGAUAAAUAGUAUUUUAAACCAAAAGUGAUAUUAAAUUAUUUUUGUGUCAUAGAAUAAGUGCCCUUGUGUAUUCAUAUUGUCCACUGAAUUAAAACAAAAUCAUUAUUUUUGUAAAGUAAUUAACAGAAAACAUUGAGAUGUGUCUGCUGCCCUCUAUUGUUAGUAUUGUGUCAUAGGAGGUGACAAGAUAUAUUCCUACCUCGUUUUUAUUAUUUUAUCAUAUUAAGAUUUGAAGUCAAUGUACUUUUAGAAACCAUUAUAUCCAUUGAUCUUUAGGUAAUAGUUGUGGGCCUUUUCUGGGUGGGCGCGUUGUGGUCUAGUGGUUCUGACUCUCGCCUUUCAAACAGAUGGUCGGUGGUUCGAAUCCUAGCCAUGGCGUGUUUU